AUGGAGGAAGAGAAGGGAGUGGAGAAGACAUUUGCAGAACUCGGUGUGCGUGAAGAGCUUGUGAAGGCUUGCGAAAGAUUGGGAUGGAAAAUUCCAUCAAAAAUUCAAGCCGAAGCCCUUCCUUAUGCUCUUGAAGGGAAAGAUGUAAUUGGACUUGCGCAAACCGGAUCUGGUAAAACCGGAGCCUUUGCUUUGCCAAUAUUGCAGGCACUUCUUGAGCAUGUUUAUGAUUCUGAGCCUAAGAAAGGGCGUAGACCUGAUCCUGCUUUCUUCGCUUGUGUUUUAUCUCCAACUCGAGAGCUUGCAAUCCAGAUUGCUGAGCAGUUUGCAGCUCUAGGAUCUGAUAUAAGUCUUAGGUGUGCUGUGCUUGUUGGAGGUUUAGACAGAAUGCAACAAACCAUUGCUCUUGCGAAACGGCCUCAUGUUAUUGUUGCAACACCUGGUCGUCUGUGGGAUCAUUUGUCUGACACAAAAGGCUUUUCUCUGAAAACCCUGAAAUAUCUGGUUCUCGAUGAAGCAGACAGACUGCUGAACGAAGACUUUGAGAAAUCUCUUAACCAGAUUUUGGAAGAGAUCCCUCGUGACCGUAAAACAUAUCUUUUUUCAGCGACUAUGACUAAAAAGGUUCGAAAACUUCAAAGGGCUUGUUUGAGGAAUCCUGUGAAGAUCGAAGCUGCCUCCAAAUAUUCCACUGUUGAUACUCUGAAACAGCAGUUUCGACUUGUUCCUGCUAAAUACAAGGAUUGCUAUCUUGUAUACGUUCUGAGUGAAAUACCUGAAUCAUCAUCAAUGAUUUUCACUCGGACGUGUGAUGGAACUCGUUUUCUGGCUUUGUUGCUUCGAAGCCUUGGUUUUAGAGCCAUUCCUAUCAGUGGUCAAAUGACUCAGUCGAAGAGACUAGGAGCCUUGAAUAAGUUCAAGGCCGGGGAAUGCAACAUCCUGGUUUGUACGGACGUGGCUAGUAGAGGACUCGAUAUCCCAUUGGUUGAUGCGGUCAUCAAUUACGACAUUCCCACAAAUUCAAAGGAUUACAUUCACAGAGUGGGAAGAACUGCUCGUGCUGGACGUUCUGGUGUCGCGAUAUCGCUUGUAAACCAGUAUGAGGUUGGAUUGUUCAAACUAAUAGAGAAACUCAUUGAGAAGACAAUACCAGUUUAUCCAGCUGAGGAAGACGAAGUCAUGUUAUUGUUGGAGAGAGUUGCAGAAGCCAGAAGAUUAUCCGCGAUGAAUAUGAAUGAAUCAGUCGGCGGCGGUGGAGGCAAGAAGAAAAGGGGAGAAGAGGAUGAAGAGAGAGAGAGGUUCUUGGGAGGUAUCAAUGAAAAGAAGAAACCUUCCAAGAAGUUUAAACGAAGAAAUGAUAGAAAGUUUUGA